AAUAAGCUACCCAGACCAAUUACAAGCAGAGGAGGAUCGAAAUAAUGGGCUCAAGGCCAGAAGCAGAGUUGCCAGGCACAAAACUCCCACUAAUUAGAUGGAACAGUUAAAUGACAAAACCCAGGCAGGGGCCGGGGUGGCCUGGAGUUGGGAUUUCUCACCAGAGCAGCAAUCUUCAGGUGACUUAAAGUGCAAUUGCAGGAUGCGAGGUGGGAAUCUCCAUCCUUUGGCUGAUGCCUGUGGCUGCUGGGCUGUGGCAGGGGGGUUGUAGGGUGUGAGUGGCUGUGCUGAUGGCAGCAGGAGCCGGGGGUCGUGAGCCAGGGCUCGGUUCUGGGUGCCACAUAGGUGCGUGGGGCUGAUCCAGACCCCGCAGCAGCCAAGGACCUCCUGAUGCUGAGGGGGGGACCCAUCUCUGCUGCAGGCUGAGCAAGCACCACAUCCUGGUGGAUCUGGGAAGUGGCUUCCCUAGAGAUCCUCUGCAACGGGGGAUUAGUGGGAGGAAGCAAGCGUUUUAGCGGGGUAACCCCGGGAGGUCACUGCAGACCAAAAGGAAAAAGGAUCUUUUGUUAUAAGCCCCACAAUAGCCACCCAGCAAAUAUCCAAACCAUUCAGAUCUCUUCAAAAGUUAUUUAUUUCAUUCUGUUUUAACUCUUGUACAGUUGUAGAUGUAAUUAUUUUCCUACAGAAAAAAAAAUACCCUCCCACACAAGUGAGAUCAAGGCUAUUAACUGGAGUCAGCCACUUGUCACAAGAGCUGCUUGAAGAGGAGAGCGCUGUGUUUACUGGUGCUCUGGUGACAAGCAGGAGAGCACGCUUUAAAAUAAUUUAAAAAAAAAAGCCGUUCUCCUUCGAGAGUGGCGAGCCGGGCUCCAGCUGUGCCCGGCUCCCAGAUGUGCCGUGGGACCGCCGCCUGCAGACUCAUCCCACCUGCAGACCGGUCCCACCAGAUCGACCAGUUUCACUUUCAAGAAAUAGGAAGUUGGCCGGGAAGGGCUGGCGAGCGCCCAGACGCGCGCGAGGGACGCGGGACGGCAGCAUGAGCCUCCCGGCCGGCGGCAGGAACCCGGGAUCGCCCCUUCCUCCGGCCUCGAGAAACGCGGUGGCGUAGACCACCGCACCCGCCGGCGAUGGAGCAGUUUGUCCGGAAACGUUUGACUUUCCUGACGUCCUUCUGGAACAAGCUCCGUCCUCGCUCCGUGCCGGAGAGCUGCUCGCUGGGGUAUCUUGGUUCCGAUUCCGUUUCGCUGCACUCGGAGCCGAACUCCAUUUCCUUCAUCCCCAAGUCCUCUCUUUUUAUCGCUUUAUACGCUUUCACAGCCCGGAGCGCGGAGGAACUGAGCGUAAGCGCAGGGGACAAACUGCGCGUCCUCAGAGAAGAAGGAGAGUAUGUCUUAGCCCGGCGGCUGCUGGGGGAGCCGGCCGUGGGCUACGUUCCUGCUGCUUACGUGGCCAACCUCAGCCAGGGCACCUCAACUCACCGGCCCUGGUACUUCAGCAAGAUCAGCCGAAAUGAAGCUGAGCAGCUCCUCCUCUCGCCUCCCAACCAGCACGGCUCCUUCCUUGUCCGGGACAGCGAGAGCAGCAAGGGCGAAUACUCUCUCUCAGUGCGCAACCACGUGAAGGUCAGCCACUUCCGAAUCUGCAAGAGCCCCGGGGGCAGCCUCUACAUACAGAAGGGGCAUCUCUUCCCCGACAUGGAGGAGCUCCUCGCCUUCUACACCGAGCACUGGAAGGUCAUCCAGAGCCCCUUGCUGCAGCCCUGCAGCCCCGCGACCCCCCCCGAGAGGGACAGCUGGGAGCGCCCACGCUGGGAGUUCACCCUGCGGAGGAAGCUGGGCGAGGGCUACUUCGGAGAGGUGUGGGAAGGACUGUGGAGGAACACGGUGCCGGUGGCCAUCAAGAUCAUAAAAGCUGACAUGAAGGCAGAAGACUUCACCAAGGAGAUUCAGAACCUGAAGCGCCUGAGACAUGAGAAGCUGAUCCAGCUGCACGCCGUCUGCUCGCUGGAUGAGCCCGUAUACAUCAUCACCGAGCUCAUGCGGAAAGGCAACCUCCACAGCUACCUCAACAGUCCUGAAGGGAAGUCCCUGGGCACCUCCCACCUGCUCAACAUCGCCUGCCAAGUGGCAGAUGGGAUGAGGUACCUGGAGGAGAAGCAUAUUGUCCACAGGGAUCUGGCAGCCAGAAACAUCCUGGUGGGAGAGGAACUCACCUGCAAAAUCGCCGACUUUGGACUUGCUCGACUCCUCAAGGAUGACAUUUAUUCCACCAGCAGCAGCACUAAAAUCCCAGUGAAGUGGACAGCCCCGGAGGCAGCCAACUACCGCACCUACUCCCUCAAGUCUGAUGUCUGGUCCUAUGGGAUUCUACUCUACGAAGUCUUCACGUAUGGACAGAUCCCGUAUGAAGGAAUGACAAACCAAGAAACCGUACGGCAGAUUACCAGGGGCUACCGCCUUCCCCGGCCCAACUCCUGCCCUCCUGAGAUCUACAGCAUCAUGCUGGAGUGCUGGAGCGGCAACACAGAGGAGCGUCCUACCUUCCUGGCCCUGCGGGAGAAGCUGGGCUUCAUCUACAGGAGGCUGCUCAGCUCCCUCUCCUGAGGGACCCCUUCCCACCAUCCUUCCUGCACAAGCCCCUCCAAGGCCAGCUCUUGCCAAGAAGCUCCUUCCUUUUGGUUUGCCCUCUGACAGGGCUCCAAGGAAAGCACAUCACCCCCCAAAAGCAGCCCAUGGUCUUUCUCGGUCGGGAUGCAGGGAGGUGGCCAAGGGAAAAGGCAACGAGUUGUGGAGAACUCAUUGCCGGUGCUCGGCUGUGUAGCAGUCUGGCAAAGCCCCACGGCAGUGAAGGCAUCACCCAGAGUUUACACCGUCAUUCAGCCAGUAAGGCAGGAGGUCCCUGCCGCUCCCCACGCCGACGUGAAGGUUUUGCAGUUUGUGUUCAGUUGUGGCUCCGCUUGGUUUUUCUUGUAGUGUGUGUCCAGUGUAUUUAUCAAUAAACACGCGUGCAUCCAUCCACGUGAGUCCUUGCAGGGCUUCGCGGGAUGCUCAGCCCUCGCCACGCUGCUCCCCUCCCUCCCUGGGAAGCAACAGUUUGCAACCAGUCCCGCUCUUGCAACCACAGAUGGAACCAUUUUUGUGUCUCUUUGGUCUCUGCUCAUCCACAUGUGCAUGAAACCCGUGUGCUUCUGCCACCCUUUUCCCAGGCAGCAGCCCCGCUUGCCCCGAGGACCCUGUCCAGGCUGCUCCGCUCCAGCUCCUUGUCUUGCUCACCGUUGUGCGGUUAUUAAGAAAAAAAUGUAUGUCUGGGUUCAAAUAUUUAACACCUGCUUAGCCCAGGUGCAGGCAGCACUCGGUAAAACACUGCUUCACCCUCUUUUGCUCUUCAUCACACCCACGGCGCAAAGCCCAGAGAUGCUCCCACCAGUUCCCCCCCGGUCCCAGGAUACGGCAUUACAGAAGGUCCUUGAGCCUCUUGUCGUCCCCUGCCCGAGCCGGGGGGAAGCAUUUGCUCCAGCCAAGUACCUCACUGAAAAGCAGCCCCAGGAGCAGUGUCAAGGUGCUGGUGCAAGGAGCAACCCCCCCCCCCGCCCCAGCGCCGGCUUGAGCGGGGCUGCUUGAGCACUGACACACUCGGGGCACUGGUGGCAGGGAGCAUGAAGUGCCGUGGGUGAAAGCCAGGGCGGCCUGGGUUUAGCUUUCCUCCCGACGAGCCCAUUUUGCCUGUUUGCGGAAGAGAGGGUGACCUGUAAGACUGAAACAACAGUAGGGCUGGAAUAUAUAAACUUAAUAAAGUUUAUGCAAUACUCUGCA